UAGUAGUAGUAGUAGUAGUAGUAGUAGUAGUAGUAGUAGUAGUAGUAGUAGUGUUAUUGAUUAAUUAAUUAUUAAUCUAAAGAUAUAUAGAAGUAACAGAUAUUUAUUCUAGGUGGGUUUAAAACAAUAGCAGGAGCAGCUGCGCAACUGUAUGACGCCAUUAUUAUGACGUGCCUCGGAAUGUUUAUGACGAACGCGACCUUUUCAUUCUAGAACGGUAUCGAUCAAAGCUGGUCGUAUUGGCGACGCAACGGUUAUGUUGCUACGGUGAUUACUGCAAGUACGACUUGUAAUGAAUUAAUGGCCACUAAAACUGAAACUUUCGAGGGAUGGCCAACGGUGUUACUGCCGUUUGGUCUCUCAACGUUGCUGAAGAACAUGAGCAGAGACGUUAUGAUCGAACAACCUGAAAACAUCGCCUGCUUCUUGGCUGAUUAUAUGUCUGAGCUGCUCCUGUACAGAAAUCAAAACCCAACAAUGGACCUGAAUGAAGUCAUAAUUCUAUUUCAAAAUAGGAGAGAAGAGAUCAUGAAUAUAUCAUCUGAAGUGACAGCUGGUGAAGUUAGAGAUAUCGGAAAGGAAAGUGAGACGUCUUCCACAAACCUCCCCUCAACCAGUCAAGAAGCUGCUCAUCUGAGUGUAGAUAGAAGUCAGUCGAGUAAACUUAGCGUCACGUCACCUGAAGAUGUUUUAGGUGUCAAUCUCCUAGAGGAAACACCGCUUGUUGAAGAAGCUGCUCAUCUGAGUGUAGAUAGAAGUCAGUCGAGUGAAGUUAGCGUCACGUCACCUGAAGAUGUUUUAGGCAUCAAGCUCCUAGAGGAAACACCGCUUGUUGAAGAAGCUGCUCAUCUGAGUGUAGAUAGAAGUCAGUCGAGUGAAGUUAGCGUCACGUCACCUGUAGAUGUUUUAGGUGUCGAGCUCCUAGAGGAAACACCGCUUGUUGAAGAAGCUGCUCAUCUGAGUGUAGAUAGAAGUCAGUCGAUUGAAGUUAGCGUCACGUCACCUGAAGAUGUUUUAGGUAUCAAGCUCCUAGAGGAAACACCGCUUGUUGAAGAAGCUGCUCAUCUGAGUGUAGAUAGAAGUCAGUCGAGUGAAGUUAGCGUCACGUCACCUGAAGAUGUUUUAGGUGUCGAGCUCCUAGAGGAAACACCGCUUGUUGAAGUUAAACCUCAACCUAUGCCACUACGUAAACCUAUGAAAAGAUUAGCAGCAACUUUAAAAAGAGCUGCUAUACAAAUGAAACUUUCAAGGAGCGAUGGUGAAACCACUAAUCAAGCGAAACUGGUAAAGUCAUCAUCUCUACAGGAUAGUGGUGUUUUGAUGUCCUCUGAAGUGACGUAUAAAUCUGACACAACACAACAGGAAGCUUUCCUGGACAAAGUUAAAGAUCGACCUAACAAACAUCAGCCACUAACUAAACCUAUGAGAAAAUUAGGAGCAGCUUUAAAAAGAGCUGCUAUACAGAUGAAACAUUUAAUGAUUGAUGGUGAAAACACUGAACAAGUGAAAUACUCUCCUGGACUGGCAAAGGUGUCAUCUCAACAGGAUUGUGUUUUGAUCUCCUAUGAGGUGACUGAUAAAUCUUUCAUAAUGCAACAGGAAGCUUCACUAGAGAAAGAAGUUGCUAAAAUGACCAGUGAAGAAUCCCAAGUUGGUAUAGAUGAAAUUCAGUCCAGUGAAGUCAGUGUCUCAACACUUGAAAGCGUUUCAGAUGUCGAUCUCCUACAGGAUACACAACUGGUCGAAGCUAAACAUCUACCUAUGCCACCACUAAUACCUAAGGGAAGAUCAGCAGCAGCUUCAAAAAGAGCUGCUAUACAGAUGAAACGUUCAAGGAGUGAUGGUGAAAUCAUUGACCAAGUGAAAUACUCUACUGGACUGGCAAAGGCGUCAUCUCUUAAGGAUUGUGUUCUGAUGUCCAGUGAGGUGACUGAUAAAUCUGUCACAAUGCAACAGGAAGCUUCACUAGAGAAAGAAGUUGCUAAAAUGACCAGUGAAGAAUCCGCAGUUGGUGUAGAGGAAAUUCAGUCCAGUGAAGUCAGUGUCUCAACACUUGAAAGCGUUUCAGAUGUCGAUCUCCUACUAGAUACACAACUGGUCGAAGAAUUUGCUAAAAUGACCAUUGAAGAAUCCGAAGUUGGUGUAGAUGAAAUUCAGUCCAGUGAAGUCAGUGUCACGACAGCUGAAAGUGUUUCAGUUGUCGAUCUCCCACAGGAUACACCACUGGUCGAAGCUAAACAUCUACCUAUGCCACCACUAAUACCUAAGGGAAGAUCAGCAGCAGCUUCAAAAAGAGCUGCUAUAGAGAUGAAACGUUCAAGGAGUGAUGGUGAAACCGCUGGCAAAAUGAAAUACUCUACUGGACUGGCAAAGGCGUCAUCUCUUCAGGAUUGUGUUCUGAUGUCCAGUGAGGUGACUGAUAAAUCUGUGACAAUGCAACAGGAAGCUUCACUAGAGAAAGAAGUUGCUAAAAUGACCAGUGAAGAAUCCCAAGUUGGUAUAGAUGAAAUUCAGUCCAGUGAAGUCAGUGUCUCAACACUUGAAAGCGUUUCAGAUGUCGAUCUCCUACAGGAUGCACAACUGGUCGAAGAAGUUGCUAAAAUGACCAGUGAAGAAUCCCAAGUUGGUGUAGAGGAAAUUCAGUCCAGUGAAGUCAGUGUCUCAACACUUGAAAGUGUUUCAGAUGUCGAUCUCCUACAGGAUACACAACUGGUCGAAGAAGUUGUGAAAAUGACCAGUGAAGAAUCCAAAGUUGGUAUAGAUGAAAUUCAGUCCAGUGAAGUCAGUGUCACGACACCUGAAAGUGUUUCAGAUGUUGAUCUCCUACAGGAUACACCACUGGUCAAAGCUAAACAUCUACCUAUGCCACCACUAAUACCUAAGGGAAGAUCAGCAGCAGCUUCAAAAAGAGCUGCUAUACAGAUGAAACGUUCAAUGAGUGAUGGUGAAAUCAUUGACCAAGUGAAAUACUCUACUGGACUGGCAAAGGUGUCAUCUCUCCAGGAUUGUGUUUUGAUCUCCUAUGAGGUGACUGAUAAAUCUGUCACAAUGCAACAGGAAGCUUCACUAGAGAAAGAAGUUGCUAAAAUGACCAGUGAAGAAUCCCAAGUUGGUAUAGAUGAAAUUCAGUCCAGUGAAGUCAGUGUCACGACAGCUGAAAGCGCUUCAGAUGUCGAUCUCCUACAGGAUACACCACUGGUCGAAGAAGUUGCUGAAAUGACCAGUGAAGAAUCUGAAGUUGGUGUAGAUGAAAUUCAGUCCAGUGAAGUCAGUGUCACAACACUUGAAAGCGUUUCAGAUGUCGAGCUCCUACAGAAAACACCACUGGUCGAAGUGAUUCAACUAAGCAGUGGCGAAUCCUCAAAUGGGUUUGACAGAACUCAAUCCAGUGAAGUCAGUGUCGCAACACCUGAAAAUGAUUCUGAUGUUGUGUUCAUACAGGAAACACCUCUGGAUGAAGGCAUUAAGACUGAAACAACAAGGACAGUGCCUUCAGAGAAACUGUCAUCAUCAUCAUCAUCAUCAUCAUCAUCAUCAUCAUCAUCAUCAUCAUCAUCAUCAUCAUUAUCCACAUCAUCAUCAUUAUCAUCAGCAUCUUAUUCAGAACGCCCUUCCUCUUCAGAGUCUGUCUCAGAUGAUAACAGAACAGCAAAAGAACUACUCCUGGGAAUAAAAACAAGGAAACUGUCAUCACAUUCAAGCAGCAGGUCUUCUAAGACAUCAGCAUCCUCUACAUCUCAAAAGCCAUGCCGUUUGCUCCCCAAAAGACAGAAAAUAGGAAAAGAAUCAUUUCAAAGUAGGGCAGCAGGUGUAACUGUAAAAUCAAUAGGAACGUCAACGGAGGAUAUAAAAUUGCCUCAACUACCAUCAUCAUGCAAAAGGCCACAAAGAAAACCAGGACCAAUAUCAUCUGAGGAACAAAAACUUCCUCAAAUUGGUACUAAAUCCCAAAAAGCAAGACCAAGCCAGGGUAUUAGUAUCAGCCCAGCAUCUUCGAAGAGAGAAAAGGAAAACCUAAACAAGACGUGGACAUUAUACCAUCUUCCACAUAGGGAAGAAGAGGGAACAUUGUCUACCACAAUCCUCUCACAGCCACAAUACCAAGAUGGGGCAAAAAUCCAGGCCAUCGGACCUGGCUACAUUAUACUGACAGAAUGUCCGACCACCGGAUCACCAACUGACGAAGACAAUUUGGUGAUCAAACCACCUCCUCUUCAACGUAAACAUACUUAAACCUGAGGAAGAGAAAUAUGUUCUUUUUAGUUAAGUCAAAUAAAAAAAUGUACAAUGUCUGAUAUACAAAUAAAAAAUACAAAUUUACAAACCAUAA